AGGAAUUAAGGAGGCUCAUUGGGGGCAUCUGAAGGGCGCCAUGCUAAAGAAACUGCUUCGGGGACGAAUGCUCCUCCCAUUGAUCCUGGUCACCGGCAUUGGAGGUGGCUUCCAGUAUGGAUUCAACAUGUCUUCCAUCAACGCGCCUUCAACGUUCAUUAAGGAAUUCAUUGCUGAGACGUGGGUCCAGCGCUUUGGGAAUUCCGUGGACGGAACGACAGUGAAGCUGCUCUGGUGUGUCAUUGUUUCCGUUUAUCCAAUUGGAGGGCUGCUUGGAGCCAUUAGCGCCGCUCAUCUCUCGGUGAAAUACGGGAGGAAGAAUGCUUUACUGUUCAACAACAUUGUGGCCAUUACAGCUGCAAUAAUAAUGAUGUUCAGCAAGAGGGUCCAGUCGUUUGAGAUGAUUCUGGUAGGCCGACUUCUGUACGGCAUUAAUGCAGGUAUUGGCCUCAACGUUCACAGUAUGUAUCUCGGGGAAAGCGCACCGAAAGAACUGCGAGGCCUGGUGUCCCUGACUCGUGCAAUGUUCGUUGCCUUCGGUAAAUUCAUAGGACAAGUGAUUGGACUCAGGGAGAUUCUGGGAACAGAGAGUGCCUGGCCCUUGUUGUUGGCCUUCAGCGGCCUCCCUGCCCUCAUCCAGCUCGUCCUCCUGCCCUGGUUCCCAGAGAGCCCCAGAUACUUACUGAUCGACAGGGGUGACAAGGACUUGUGUGUGGACGCUCUCCGCAGACUCUGGGGUCAGGGAGAUUUCUUCGAGGAAGUCCAAGACAUGGAGGCAGAACAAGCCGCAACGAAAGGCAAGCGAGCAAAGACGGCCUGUGAGCUGUUCCAAGACCGCUCAGUGCGGUGGCAACUCAUCACCAAUAUCAUGCUGACCGUCGCCAUGCAGCUGUGUGGCAUCAAUGCGAUCUAUUUCUAUUCCUCCGAGGUAUUCCAGGAAGCCGGACUUCCUGACUGGACGAUACCAUACGUGGUGGUGGGGGCAGGGGCCACACUGCUGCUCACAUCAGUAAUCAGUGGAUUGUUCAUUGAGCGAGAUGGGAGAAAGGCCUUGUUGUGGAAAGGAUAUGGUCUCAUGACACUGUGGGCAGCUCUCCUGUGUGUUGCUCUGCCUCUGCAGCAUCAGUUCACCUGGUUGCCGUACUGCAGCGUAUUCCUCAUUUUUGCCUACAUUUUCAGUUAUGGCAUUGGUCCAGCGGGUGUGACCGCAAUCAUUCCCUUCGAAAUCUUCACUCAGCCAUACCGGCCUGUUGCCUUCAUGAUUAAUGGCUCCUUCCAGUGGCUGGGACUCAUACUAAUGGGAAUGAUCUUCCCGUAUAUUGUGGAGGGACUGGGGCCAUUCUGCUUCCUCAUAUUCCUGGGUGACUGUUUGAUCAUUGCUGUGUACGUCUUCAUCAUUUUGCCAGAAACUAAAGGGAAAACUGUUCUGGAGAUCACAGGAGAGUUUCGGAAAAUAAACCGGAAGAGGAUGGGGGGCAGCUCAGUGGCAAUUCGUAGGAGACUCUCUCAGAAUGUUCCAGAGGUCUUUGUCAUUGCUACCAAACUGUAAGAGGUUAGCAUCAACAGAUUCAGCUGCUGCAAGCUGGUGAGUGAGAUGCAGCUCUGAGCUCAGAUCCUUUUGCGGGCUGCAAUUCCAGUCAGUCUGCCGACAUUGUGGAAACUAUUUCUACAACUGGGGCAGGCACGGAUGUUGGAUUUAUUCUAUUUUUUGAAUGGUUUUGGUUGAAAAUAACAAGGCUGUAAUUACUUUGGUUUUGCCUUUUGCUGUUGGUGGGUUUGAUUCACUCUGUGUUCUCAGUUGAAUUUUUGCUGAGGGUUGUAAGGAGCUGACUGUCAACGUAGAAUAAAGAAGCAAAGUUCCUUCUGCAGCCUCGGGCUGUGCAGAAGCAUUUUACAGCCUGUCAAGUAACUAAUGUGGGAGACACAGCAGUCAAAGUGUGCACACCAUAAACAACUAUGUGAUAAUCACCAGUCUGCUUUGUUGUGAGAAUGCUGUUGCUUCAUGGACUAGUGUGAUGGGAAUGUUUUGAUAUGAUGCAAAAGGGAAAAUGUGCCUCUUUUGUCCUCCGUGCUGCAUUAGAGAAUCAACUUAGAUGGUUGGAUUUGAGAAUGUGGAACAGGACAAAAUCACAGUUUGUAACUUGGCGAGAGAUACCUUUGUCUGAGCCACAGCAGAUAGGAAGCUGACAUGAAAAUGUAACCUGCCAGUGGAGUGCUGUGAUGCUGUUACACGGUUUUGGUCGUGUCUCUAAAAUUUUAAUGUUCUGAAAUGUUCACUGAGGAGUCUCUAUUGAUUUGGUUUUGGAUUUUGUAGCAGUGCCUCACAGUUGGGUUCGCAAGAUAUGGUUUCCAUAAAAAUGACUGUAAAACUGUCAAGCUAUUUUACAAAUUGCCGAUUAUAUCGUUUAGGGAGGGAAUUUAGUGAGCACAGUCCCACUCUGCCAUGGUCUAGGAAGCCCUUAACUUGGCCAUUUCCAGAGUGCUCUUAAAUGCUAUUCUCACCACACCACACCCUCCAGAAGCAUUGGCUGGGAGCAGGGGAUCUGGGUUUAAGUAAUCAGCUGGCACUUCUCUUCCACCGCUCCCAACUCUUAAUGUCUGAUUGGACUUUCUGUGUAGCUCAGUGACUGUCCAUUCCAAAGUUCUGUUUACUUCAGUUUCAACUUGCAAAAAGUCAAAGUGUACCAUCAGGAGUGAAAACUAGGUGAUCAAUAUGUUGGAAAGUUCCUAGUUGUUUUCUCCACGCCAGUGCUUGCUUUUUGGGAUCUAAUUUAACUUUAAUUGGAGACUUGAGCUGUCUCUCUGGAAUUUCAGUUUACUUUUUAGCUCUCUGAGUUUGCUGGAAAGGUUUAGGUUUAGUGCCUUCCUGUCAGUUCGUCUGAGGAUUCUGACAAGAUCUUUCACUAGUUACAGGUGCGCAUAGGGAGAAAGUGCAAAUUCCACACACACCACCAGAGGCAAGGCACAAACUUGGGUCACUAGAGGUCUGAGACAGCACCACUGCCUGUGUGGCCACUGUGCAUCUAGAUUUUGAGUAAGUGACUGAUAUGAAAAGGCCAUCGUGGUUGUAAAAUGGCCAUCUCAAUCAGCAAAUGGGCAUGGUUGACCAGUGAAAAUGAAAUAAUGCCAGUCUUGUUACAAACCUCAAAUCAACCACAGGAAGGCACUGAGAUUAGAGACGCCGUUUCUUCUUUCUGUGCAAGACAAACACCUUCACUGCAGAAACAAACCCAUGUUCCUCUCACUUCACCACACAUAUUACAUAUUACAGUGAGUUGAUAGGCAGAGGAAUGAUGGUAAAGAUUUUAUUCAUAAUAUAUAUGUACAGUAAAUACAAUUGGGACGUCUUUUUCUCCAUUCAUUCUAUCAUCAUUUCAAUCCAUUCUCUUACAAAGCAUCAAAGCCACUCAGGUAUCCAGAUUGACAAAAAUUACUCAGCACAGUUCUGUUCUUCUUCAUCUUAAAGCCAGCUCGUUUAUACCUUUACCAGCAGUAGCUGGAGUUGUUGGAGCACACAGCAGGCUUAUGGGACAAGCCUCAGCAACUCGUUUAUGUUGUAAGGGGAUCUCCAUCAUACCUUCAUGGUGAAUCUAAGGUGUUGAGUUUACACUGGCACUCACAGGCAAGUCCUUCCAAAGAGUUCACUGUGACUUUCCAUACGUUAGUGUGUGAAAACUGGCUGAACACCAAACUCGACAGGGUAAAUGACAGAAGCUUAAACUACUUGUUGAUCAUGGAGCACUCUCCAUCUUUCUGACAUUUUCAAGUCUUAUUUAUUUGACCUGUUAAAGAUUGCCUGUUGGUACCCAAUGACCUUUAAUGAGAUCAUCAAAUGGGUACUAAGCUGAGGAGAAGCUCCCUUUUGCAUCGUGCUGUGCUUUAUACCAGUGGUCCCCAACCACCGGGUGGUAAUGCACGUGUUUUGCGGUCCGGUACCACUCCGCAGCCUGGUGGUUGGGGACCACUGCUUUAUACUGAUGCAACUGAUGCACUCUUGAUGUAUUCUUAUCUAUGUUCUACAUUUAUUGUUUACUGUUUUACAAUAUUACUUCAAACUAUGAGUAUCUAUUGUGAAAGUGUAUUCAAAAAUAAACUUAAACUGUAAAUGGUAAUAAACAACAAUGUAAGGUCUG